CUCCGGCUCUAAAAACAAGCGCUCAGUCAGCACGCUGCUCUCCGACUGGUCCAGCGGGCGGAAGGAGCUCUCUGUCGGGCUGUGUGUGAACCUCUGAGGCCGGGUAGUCUCUGAGCGAUGGAAGGGGGUGGAAGGGUCUCGUGGAUGAAAUAUGGGCCUGUUGUGUCCCUGUUCGUGGUUCUUUUGGCCAUUUGGUUCAGGUCACCCCAGGAUGCAGGGCUGGACGACCGGCUGGACACCGUGCUGUCCUCUCUGCUCCGGGCGGAACGGAAAGUCGGGAUGAAUAACGUGGAGAGACCGAGAGUGGCUGUCGGUUUUGGAGGUUGUGUGGACCUGCUCGUGGAUGGGGUAUCGCUGAUUAAUAAGAUUGGUCUCCCACCCACAGACCAGCCGCUUCAUCAUAACUACAUAGAAAAUGAAUUGCAGCUGGCACAGAGCUUUGCUUACUUCUUUGCACCAGGAGCAGCUGCAGAGCGUUUCAUGCUGAACGAGACUCUGUUUAGUGAGUUGGUUGAAGCGUCCCGUGACCUACCUGGAAACAGAUGGUCAGUAGGUGGCAAUGCCCCGGUGAUGGCUGGUCGCAUGGCAACAGAGGGCUGUGAUGUGUUGCUGGGGGGAAGUUUCAGCCCAGAUUUUACUGAUGUACUAUCCCAGCACAUUACAGUGGCAGGUAACGUGGUAGAAGAGCCAGACAUUCAUCUGAUCAUGGAGUAUCCCUCUGGUGCAAGCUGGGGGCCUUUCACCUCACGAAGAGCCAACAGAUAUAUCAUUCACAGUGAUGACCAUAACCCCUACCUGGACUCCAUGGCAGAGUUUACAGAGAAACUUGAAGACUUUAACCCAGAUCUGCUGGUGGUGGGGGGGCUGCAGAUGAUGGAUAACUUCCCCUUCCAAGAAGGUGAGCGUGAUGCUCUCUUCUCCCGCCUGGCUAAUCUCCUGUCCUCCUCAUCUGCAAAGCUUGGGGUCCAUUUUGAGAUGGCCAGUUUUGUGGAAGAGAGUAUAAUGGAAGACCUGCUUCACUACGUCAUUCCACGUGCGGACUCUUUAGGAAUGAAUGAACAGGAGCUUCCAAACCUGCUCAGUCUCCUCAAAGGCUCCACCAUUACGGUGCUGUCAGACCCAAACCCUCGUGUAGCCACUGUCCUCGACCAGAUGAGGGAGGUCUAUCGCAUUCUGAACCAGCGCUAUAAGGACAGCGAGGAAGACACUAACAGUGGUGAGGGUAAACCGCUGACCCGGCUCCACGUCCACACACUAGCUUUCCAGGCCAUGAUUGUGACACAUGGCUCCCAGUGGAAGAACACCAUGUCAGCCACCGCCAAAGCCUCCCUCACAGCUAACCGCCACGUCUGUGGCUCUAACGACAUUGACCCCAGCAAGGCCAGACUCAUCAUGGACGACUCUUUCUCCGUAAGCCGGCAGGAGGGCAGCCAGCGAAUCCCUCUACAGGAGAGCAGGCCUGUCAGCUGCUGGGACGAGGAGGACUAUGAGAUCUGUGUAGCUCCGGUACUGGUGUGUACUGAGGUUUAUCAAACUGCGGGUGGAGGGGACAACAUCUCAGCUGCGGGUCUGGUGCUGCAAAUCUAAAGAGGGGUGCUGAAUGGUCUAUAUGCGUUGUGCUGACUUGAUGUUAGCAUAAUGUGAGACUCUGGAAACUUGAUCUACCUGUGAUGCAAAGUAGCCCUAUGAAAUCUGACUAAUGCUUUCACUCUCCAAACUCAUGGCUGAGGUGAACCAUAAGAAAAUCUGAUUUCAUUCUCAGGAGUCAGAUGAUGGGUUACAAUGCCUUUAAAUCCAGUCAGACCUCUGUUAAAAUAUGGGCUCUUUAUAUAUUGCUAUAUAUCUACUCUGUCUGUGCCUGAGUGCAAAACCUUUUUGUAUCCUGUUCAUUGGAUCUGUAAAGGAAACACUGCCCUGCUCUGUCUUGCCUCGAUCCUUUACACCCAGCAUCUUUGCAAAGUCACUGUAGCCCAUCACCUGACUUCUAUCCUGCUCCUCUCUUUCCUCAAAGGCCUUAUCCUUCAGCCAGGAAGAAACAACAAGGCAUGACAUUUGCAUCAAGUCAUGCAGUCACCAGGUUGUUGUUAUGGGUCCACACUGGGAGGCCCAUGGCUCAGUGUUUUAUGAAUUAUGUAUCGGGACUUUGAAUGCAUAAUGGCCCUUCUCUGGUUACAGAGCUAGCGUGUUUGUUCCCGUCAGUAGCUGACAAAGCUGCACAACUUCUGCUGUAUGAUAAACUGUCUUUAUUUUAACCUGUGACUUCACUAUGCAGCAAACCAGAGAUGUUUAAUCACUGAAUCUGCUGAACCUUCGAAUUCUGUUGUGCAAGUUUAUCGGGUGUCGUCAGCAGAAAUGCAGACCGUGACAACCCUUGCCUUGAAAGUAGUUUCAGAGAAGUUAAAAAGUGAACUAUUCUGCCUCUACUUUUUUUUAUCUCAUUCAAAAAGGCAAACAAGUGAGAGGAAGUGAGUUGAUCUCACAUUCUACCUACUAUAUGUGGAUAAAAUUUGCAGAAUGGAUUUGUUGUGUUGUUUUAAGAGGGUCAUUGCUCUGCCUGUCAGUUGCAGUGCAAUAACGCAACAAAAUUCAGAAAUUAUUGUUGGUAGCUGGAUAUGAUGUCAAAAAUCUCUUCUCUACCUCCAUCCUGUCCUUGUUUCUCUUUCUCUGUUUUUCCCUUCUUCCUUUAUUUUCCUCAUGUUACUUUGUCAGAAUUUCUGUUGUCAAAUUUUCUUCCUUUCCCCUCCUUGUGUCUAUUUAUUGCUCUGUAAGGACCAAAUAAUGUUUGGACUGCUACUGCUAACACUGAUGCAAAGGAGAUGUUCCUGGCAGUAGAAAGCAGUUACAUCUCUGGUUUUAGAUUUUUCAGAGAAAUGAUAACAUGAUAUUUAAAAUUUGACUUGACAUUUCGGUGUCAGUCUCCAUGAAGCUAAAGCUGUGAAAUAGUGGACCACACAGAAAACAUGUCACAUUUCGACUUAAUCUUACUUUCUCCAGAUAGGAGCCAAGUACCUUUCACACUAAUGUUUUCUUUAAACCACUACUUUCUGGAUUCCUCACACAAUGUUAGUGGGAUAAUCUGCCACUAUUUUCAGGGUUUAAAUCACUUUUAUUGAACAUUGAACGACACAUCUUCUGGACUUGAAUAAUCUAACAUUCCAUCAUCGACCCAGCUUCAGUGAUUUCCUUCUUUCCGAGUGAAGUUAGUUUGACCACAACAUAUCGUGAAGAUAAGCCCAUGUCACUAAGGAACACAAUAUUUAUGUUACAAUGCAUUAUAUAUAAUGUCAAGGGAAACUGAAGAAGUUUAAGAUAUCCCUUUAAUUAUUUUCUCUGUGUUGAGUCAUGCGGAGGGUGAAUGAGCCUUACUCUGUUUUGACUUUUGUUUAUUAGUUUAAAGGGAAUGUUUAAGGCAGAACUUUUCUACACCUGUAGGCUUAUCUUGUAUUUUCUGAUGCCUUUGUUUUACACAGUGAUUAGAAACAAAGUUUAACGGGUCAUCAUUGUACUGUGAAAUGAAAAAAUGCAUGCGUUCAUGUUCAGAUUCAGGACUGCUUGUGCUUGGCACCAUAUCAUGUACAUAUCUACGCUCUAGAUAAGUUAUGUCAUCCAUGUUCCAAUGCUGUGUUGAACUGUUCCAUGCAUGUUGAUUGAUGCAAAAACUUCAUGAGAUAAAAUGCAAUGCUAAUGAGGCUA